AUGGAAGCUCGAGUUCGUCUCUUUGCGGAGCGUGAGAUUCAAAUAUUUUCCGUUAAAUGCGUCUGCCCUCAGUGUCAGGUACCAUCCCCGGACUCGCCCAAUCACAGUAUCGGCCCCAAUCAGGUCGAGGAAAUCCGCAGUUUUGUCGUGAACAAAAUUGUAGAUCUUUUGAAGCAGUAUGACCUACAAGAUAAAGCGGUUGAGAUUGAGCAGGCAGCUAAGGAAUACCUGAGCGGGCAUGCACGGUUAUUUUUGCAUGAGUUGAGAGCCUGGAUCGAAAGCCCAUUUGAAACUCUGGAACAAUGGCAUCGGAACACGACGUAUGGAUCCUCUUUGGCAUCAACUGAGGAUAAUCAUCCUCCUCGAAGACCGCCCCUCAUACGAAGAAAUGCUGGACUCCUGGAAUUAUCAUUUCUCUGA